UGCGGCUCCCUGCAGCUCAGACGUGCCACCUGUGCUCAUUCACCGCCUCUGCGGCCCCUGUGGGGCACAGGUCCCUCCGGGUGUGAUGGCCAGGCCAUGGCUGUCCUGCUUCCUGCUUGCUGCCCUCGUGGUGUCCGUGGCCGCCAACGUGCCCCCGAAAUUCCUGAACAACAUGACGUUAGUGACCCUGCCCGAGGACCUGCCACUGGGUCACGAGGCCUUCUGGUUGGUGGCCGAAGAUGAAGACAACGACAAGUUGACCUAUGGGAUUAGUGGCUUCUAUAUGUACUACUUUGAGGUCAUCUCAGACACCGGUGAAGUGACACUGGCCAGUCUUCUGGACUUCGAGACCCUCCCCGUUUUCAGCAUCACCAUCUCCGUGAACGAUGGCCACAGCACAGUGACUAAGGAGAUGCAGGUGAUCGUGGAUGACAGGAAUGACAACGUGCCCGUUUUCCAGAACACGGACUUCUCCACCAGCAUCAAUGAGACACUGCCAGUCGGCUCCGUGGUGUUCUCCGUGCUGGCCAAGGACCCAGACAUGGGGCUGGCGGGUUUGGUGGUGUACUCCAUAGUGUCGGUCGUGCCGAGCAUGGAGGACAGCGAGCACCUCUUCCGGAUACUGGAGAACGGCUCCAUCGUCCUCACCGGCAGCCUCAGCUACAACAACAAGAGCGCCUUCUACCAGCUGGGGGUGAAGGCCUGUGACUCAGGCGGCGAGUACAAUGGCAUCCAGACCGUGCAGUGUGCCGCUCCGGUCAUCCUGUCCAUCUUGGUGGUCGACCAGCCUGACCUGGACCCCCAGUUUGUCAGGGACUUUUACUCGGCCUCUGUGGCUGAGGACGCAGCCAGGGGAACCUCGGUGCUGAGAGUACAGGCCGUGGACAGUGACAAAGGCAUCAAUGACCAUGUGACCUAUAGUAUCUCCAAUUCCUCAAAGCCUGGGUGGUUCAACAUCAGCGCAGACGGCGUCAUCAGCGUCGGCGAGCCCUUGGACCGCGAGCAGCUGCUGGAUGAGGACGAGGAGGUGCAGGUGCAGGUCACGGCCACGGAGGCACACCUCAACAUCUACGGGCAAGAGGCCAAGGUGAGCAUAUGGGUCACCUUGAGGGUGACGGACGUCAAUGACCACGAGCCCGAGUUCUACAACUGCAGCCUCCCAGCCUGCACCUUCACCCCGCAAGAGGCCCAGAACAGCUUCUCCGGAUACGUGGACGAGCACGCCGCCACCCGCAUCCCCAUCGACGGGCUCACCAUGGCGGCCUACGACCCGGACAAGGGCAGCAACGGCACCUUUCUGCUGUCCCUGGGGGGGCCCGACGCGGCAGCCUUCAGCGUCUCCCCCGAGCGGGUGGCGGGCUCGGCCUCCGUGCAGGUGUUGGUGCGCGCCCCGGACCUGGUGGACUACGAGAGGUGGCAGCUGAUGCUGGUGGAGGUGGUGGCCACUGACUCAGUCAGCCAGAAGGCCUCCGUCGCCGCAGUGACCAUCCACCUCCGAGACAUCAACGACCACAGCCCCGCGUUUCCCCAGCGCUUGUACGUCCUCAGCGUGUCGGAGGACAGCGCGACCGGCUCUUUGGUCACCAGCAGCAUCCAUGCCACAGACCUGGACACGGGGGAGUGGGGCCGUAUCACCUACAGCCUGCUCCCGGGAAACGGGGAUGACUUGUUUGAGGUGGAUCCAGGCUCGGGGACAGUGACGGUGAGAAACGGUGAUCUGCUGGACCGGGAGAGGCAGGCCGUGUACAACCUGACCCUGCAGGCCACCGACGGCGGGGGCCUGUCCAACUCCACCACGCUGCAGAUCCACCUGCUGGACGUGAACGACAACGCGCCCGUGGUCAGCGGCUCCUACCGCAUCUUUGUCCAAGAGAACGGAGGCGACGUCUCCGUGACCAUCCAGGCCCAUGACAAUGACGAGCCAGGCACCAACAACAGCCGACUGGUCUUCAGCCUGCUGCCUGGUCCCUACAGCCACAACUUCUCGGUGGACCCCGACACCGGGCUUCUCAGAAACCUGGGGCCCCUGGACCGAGAGGCCAUCGAUCCUGCCCUGGGGGGCCGAAUCGUGCUGACCGUGCUGGUGGCAGACUGCGGUGUGCCUCAGCUCAGCACCGAGGUCAACGUCACCAUCACUGUGGAGGACAUCAACGAUAACAUGCCCGUGUUCAACCAGUCCAGCUAUUUCUUCAUGGUAAAGGAGAGGGACCCAGGAAUACUGGUGGGUGUGGUGGCGGCCUGGGAUGCGGACCAGACGGAAGCCAACAACCGCAUCAGCUUCAGCCUGGCAGGCGCCGGGGCCAACACGUUCCUGCUCCGAGGCUCAGUGCUGGGCUCCGGCUGGGCUGCGGGCCUCCUCCGGCUGCCCUCAGACGUGAGCCUGGACUACGAGACACAGAACUCCUUCAGCCUGACAGUGAGCGCCGAGAACCCGGACCCCCAGGCCGGGGAGACCAGCGUCGCCGUGAACGUGGCUGUGGAGGACGUGAACGAUGAGCCACCGACCCUGGACUCAGCCUCGCUGCAAGGCGUCCACGUGGCUGAGAACGGCUCGCAGCACGGCCAGGUGGCCGAGGUGGUGGCCCGGGACGUGGACACCGAGGCCCAGCUGGAGAUCGAGCUCGUCAACGUUCUCUGCUCCAAGGCUGGGGCCAACGUGGGCAGCCUGUGCCACGGCUGGUUCUCCGUGGCUGCCAACGGCUCCGUGUACAUCAAUCAGAGCGAGGCCAUCGACUACGAGACCUGUGACCUGGUGACACUGGUGGUGCGGGCCUACGACCUCACCACAGACCCCCGCUUCCAGGCCUACAGCAACAACGGAAGCCUUCCCAUUACCAUCGAGGAUGUGAAUGACAACACGCCCUACUUUCUGCCUGAGGAUAAGACUUUCGUGAUCAUCCCGGAGCUCGUGCUGCCCAACCAGCAGGUGGCUUCUGUCCAGGCCAGAGACGAUGACUCAGGGGACAACGGGGCCAUCGUGUUCUCCAUCCUGCACGUGGAUUUUGUCUCCAAGGACGGGGCCAUCACCCCAUUCCAGGGCUACUUCCGGAUCUCCACCCCUGUGGCGACCAACGUGUUCACUGGCAACAUCGAGCUGGUGACCAGCCUCGAUUCUACUCUCCAAGGCACUUACCAAGUGACUGUCCAGGCCCAGGACAGACCCUCUGUGGGCCCUGCCCGGAAAGCCACAGUCAUCGUAAAUCUCUUUACCGUGGACCAGAGUUACCGCGUUCGGCUGCAGUUCUCCACGCCCAAGGAGGAUGUGGGCCGCAACAUGGAGGGGAUCAAGGAGGCUCUCGCCCAGGCAACCAGGACCACCGUGUACAUCGUGGACAUUCAGGACUUAGAGUCCACGGCUCGGGCCCGAGCCCACUCCUACCUGGACGCCUACUUUGUCUUCGCCAACGGGUCAGCUCUGACGCUUAACGAGCUGAGCAGGAUGAUUCGGAGCGACCAGGGCUCUCUGACACAGCUACUGCAGCUGGGGCUGGUGGUGCUGGGCUCCCAGGAGAGCCAGGAGUCAAGCCUGCCGAAUGUGCUCAUCAGUACCAUCGUGGGACUGGGGGUGGCCUUGCUGCUGGUCCUCCUGAUCAUGACUGUGACCCUCGUCUGUGUGCGGAAGAGCUACCGCCGGAAGCUCCGGGCUAUGAAGGCUGCCAAGGAGGCCAGGAAGACAGCAGCAGGGGUGUUGUCCACAGCCCCUGCCAUCCCUGGGACUAAUGUGUACAACACUGAGCGGGCCAACCCCAUGUUGAAUCUGCCCACCAAUGACCUGGGCUUCGAGUACCUCUCCACCUCCAGUGACUUGGACUACGUCAGCCUCAACUCCCUGGAUGACAACUCUGUGGACCUAGACAAAGACAGCCAGAAAACCAAGGAGCAGCGGCAUAGUCCACAGGAGCCAGAUGCAGACCCGGAACCGCUGAGCGUGGUGCUGUCAGGAAGGCAGGGGGACACCGGUAGUCCACAGCAGAAGCUGUCCUUCGUCAACGCUGGUCUAGACACCACAGACUUGUGAUGUUUCGCCUUGGAAGAGGCCUCAUCACCCCCAACUACCCCUGCCCUCCCUGGACACAAUAUAUCUCAUCACUGUCUCCUCCCGCUUCCGGCCGAUCAUAGCAGACAGGGUCGGGGAAGGCUUUUAUUACCAAUGUAUACCAUGACAGUUUGUAGCCAAAAACUGUGGCUGGAGGGGAGACAGGGCACUAAGUGGUCACAAGGGACUUGUGGGGGCUCACAGCACGGGGGGACAGGGGCUGGAGAGGUGGUCUUUAAAGGACAACUGUGGCUGUAGAAUGAGCUCUGUCUUGUUCCUAAUACUCAAGACCCGUUGUCACCCAGGCUGCCAGUGUUCCAAGACCUUCUAUACGUCUGACUGUGACCUCCAGUCCUGACCUGCCUCUCUCAGCAGAGCCCCUUGGUACGUCCUGCAAUGCCUUUGGCCUUUCUGGGGACUGUGGCCCAGUAGGAUAGGAGACAGGGCUGGGACUGGUCAGGGGGCAGGGGUAGGAGACAGGGCUGGGACUGGUCAGUGGGGGAGGUAGGGGACAGGGCUGGGACUGGCCAGUGUGGGGGGUAGGAGACAGGGCUGGGACUGGCCAGAGUGUGGGGGAUAGGGGACAGGGCUGGGACUGGCC